AUGAGCACCGCACCGAUCCGUGUGGACGGAGUGACAAGUUCCCAGAAUGCAUUGCUGUACGAGACUGUGAACGUGGUGGAGGGGAAGUCCAUUCUGAGGGACAUGGUGUUCAGUCCGGACCAUCGCUUCAUCUACCUCCUCAGCGACAAACAGGUGACCCGUUUACCGGUGGAGUCCUGUGCCCAGUACGACGACUGCUCUGGGUGCCUGGGCUCCGGGGACCCUCACUGCGGCUGGUGCGUCCUCUUCAACAAAUGUUCUCGGAGAGAGUCAUGUGACAAGUUUGAGGAGCCGCAGCAUUUUAACACCAAACUGGACCAAUGUGUGGACGUCACGGUGUCUCCGAGCAACAUGUCGGUGACAUCACAGCCCACGCAGCUGACGAUCCGUGUGCAGAAUGUUCCAGCACUUUCAGGGGGCGUGUCCUGUGUGUUUGAUGACAUCACUGAAACACCUGGUGAUGUCACCGCUCGGCUCGUGACCUGCAUGUCUCCGUCUCUCAGGGACCUCUCCCAGCAACACGGAGAGAAGCGGGUGGUGAAGCUGAGUCUCAGAUCCACAGAAACCGGACUCAAAUUUAUCUCCACAGACUUUAUCUACUACAACUGCUCAGUCCUCAACUCAUGCACGUCGUGUGUGAGCAGUGAGUUUCCCUGUCACUGGUGUAAAUAUCGUCACAUCUGCACCAACAACCUCCAGGACUGCUCCUUCCAAGAGGGGCGUGUCAGCGGCAUGGAGGGCUGUCCACAGAUCCUUCCAGCGGGGGACAUCCUGGUCGCAGCUGGAAUGGUGCGUCCGAUCACGCUGAAGGCCCGGAACCUGCCGCAGCCUCAGUCCGGGCAGAAGAACUACGAGUGUGUGUUCCACAUCCAGGGCCGGGUCCAGAGGAUCCCUGCGGUGCGGUUCAACUCCUCCUGCAUCCAGUGCCAGAACACAUCGUCUUCGUCAGGAGAAUCUAAAGUGUGUGCAGAGAGGGAGGUCUGGGCUUUAUCCACCGCCCUCUUCUCUGCCCCGCCCCCUCAGUGUGUUAGCUUAAACAAGAUGCUAACACUACAGGGCCUCGUUCUCGGCUUUGGACUUUCAGUUUGGUUUUAG